UCGAGUUCGACCCCUCUAAGUCGUCCUGUUUCAAGAUGGCGGCGCCCAUGGACAUACAUCGGCAUUAGGACAGAUAUUUCGUGAUUUCUUCGUGAUUAUCUCGUAUUGUGCAAUGUGACUGACUGAGAAACCAUUGUCAUGACUACUGUUAAGGUAUCGGCUCUGUUUCACGUGCUAGGAUGUUAGGGGUUGGUUUAUUACAGCGGCAACUGAUGCCCCCCCCCCCCUCCCACACUUUACCAAUUCCAUAAUAAUAUCUUCCUAUCCCAAAAUAUUGCCUUAUUGUUGACUGCAUAUCCAUCCAAAAUCGCUUUGGCCAAUGAGAGAUUAUUAACGAACAUUUAAAAGAGACUAAAAUCAUUUUAGGAUCCUGGUGUAUUAUUUGUUGUUUAAGGACAAUGACAACAGUAGCAAAGGAGACCACAACUAACGUUAGUAGUACCAGUAAGUAACCAGGCUGACAAACAAUCACUGAAAUUAAACAGGGAGACAACGUUGAAGAUGGAAACUACAGACACGCAUUCAGAACCAGACAAGCUGAAUAUCAAUGCACCAGGGAGGCCCGUUGAAAAGGAAUGCAAUAAUGUAAAUCAAGACACAGACUGCAAGAACAGUGCUACUGAUGUGAACAUUAAUGAGAAGUGCUCAGGAGAGGUUGAGGGGGGAGGCACCAAGGAUAUGGACCCAGAACAGGCGUACGCAGAGGGGAAAAUAUCCAAGAAGCAGCUCAAGAGAUUGAGGAGAGAAGAGGCAUGGAGGAAGAAAAAAGAAUUCCUCAAAACAAAGCGGAAAGAGCAGCGUCGCCUGGAGGCACAGAAGCGGAAAGAGAAAGGAGAGCCGAACAAGAAGCGGCUGCGGCUGGAGUUUGAGAAGCGGCUGGAGACCAGUGACAUCACCAUCUCUGUGGAUCUCAGCUUUGAUGACUUGAUGAUGGAACAGGACAUCAAGAAGCUGAUGAAGCAGAUUGAGCGCUGUUAUGCUGUGAACAAACGAGCGCCCGUCCCCGUACAGAUGCACCUGUCCAGUCUGGGGGGGAGGUGCAGACACAGGAUGGAGACAGCCAUUGCUGGCUGGCAGGGAUGGAAGGUGGGGAUGGACAGUGACCUGUACACAGAGGUGUUUGAGAGAGAAAGGAUCGUCUACCUCACCUCAGACUCUCCCAACACCCUCAGCACCCUGGAGCCAGGCAAGGUCUACAUCAUCGGGGGGCUGGUGGACCACAACUCACAUAAGGGCCUUUGCUACCAACGGGCCUGUGAGGCGGGUGUUGGCCAUGCACAGCUUCCCAUUGCACAGUUUGUGAAGAUACAGUCACGAAAAGUGCUGGCUGUGAACCAUGUGUUUGAGAUCAUGCUGGCGUACUUGGAGCUGCAGGAUUGGCAGGAGGCCUUCCUCCGGGUCAUACCACCGCGUAAGGGGGUGGAGGCUAUCACUGCAGACCAGGCUGGAGAGGUAGUUACGGAGAUAGAAAAAGGAGAAGAACCCCCAAACAAAGGUGGCCCAGCCGUUGGAGAGGGUAAUUCAGCUUUAUUAGAUAGAGACUCAUAAAAAAUGCAGUUUGUCAAAGAUGUGAUUACAGAACAAGAAAGUGACCAAAUCUAAAACGAAGGUGGCCGCAGUGAUUGGGGAGGGUAAUUUGACAUUUUUAGAUAGAGACCCUUAAGAUAGCUAGACCUUUUAUUAUCCCACUAGCAGUACCUUCACAUUGGUACCUCUGUGCAGAUAAUUUAGCUUGUUAGAAAUUCAAUAAUUUCUUUUUAGGACUGGGAAAAGAAGGAAUUUAUAGAUAUUGAAAUGACAAUACUUUCAAAGCAGCAAAUCUAAGUAGACCAAGGCAACUUCAGCACUUUGGAGCUCAGCAAGCAAGAGAGGCAUCGUUCAGGCACUAGUAGAAUAAUGCAAAUUUUAGGUUGCAAAUGCUUGAAGCGUUGUAAGAUGGUGGCUUCAAUGCAUGCCUGUAGCCAAGAUUUUGUUUGGGGGGUUUCAUUUUAGUACUUGUUGGACCACCGAGCGCCGCAGACGCGAGACUCACGCCAAAGGCGUGAGAUGUCUAGGGGGGUUCGGGGGCAUGCUCCCCUGGAAAAAAUUGAAAUCUUGACCCUCUGAAACGCUAUUUCUAGCUUUUUGAGGGGCCAUUAAACUAAGCUAAGUGUAAAGAAUUUUUUAUCAAUCAGAAAGGUUUUUGAGGGAGAUGCACCCACCACAUCAUGUUCACCGUGUCCGACCCCCAGGCUGCAAGUCGUCGAAAGGGAGGUCCGGGAAAUUUUGAAAUUUGGACCUCUGAAAUGCUACGGGCAUGCAAUGUCACUAUCUGCCAUGGCUUCAUUUAGUGUUUUAUGGUUGGUGAAACUUAAUUACUAAAGUGGGUACAGACACACAUAACUCCAACAUGACAAUUAUUGCUUGAGUUUUUAUUGAGUUCAGCCAGCCCGUAUCACAACAGAUGUGCCAAGUGAAAAUCACUGGAAAACAAGUGAAAAUGUUACCCAAGGCUAUAUUCAAGUCAAAUAAACCCUGUACAUUAUGAAUUUUGUACAUUCCAUUGAUCCUUUUCAAUACUAAAAGCUUUAAAGGAGA